CUCAAUUGAACCCCCCUCACUCACCACAACCUCACCCACCACCACCACCACCACCAGUGCAACCCUCAAAAAUGGGCCUCCUCCGCUACUUCAUCCCCGAACAACAAAAACCUUCCACCGCGUCACCCUCCUCCGACACCCCCUCCGACCAAACACCCACAAACACAACCCUCUCCACCCCCUCAUCAUCGCGUUUAGAUACGGAUGAAUUCGAACCCCCCCUCCCAAAACUCUGGACGCCUCAAACGAACCUCAAACUCCUCCUCGGCGGCACCGCCUUCCUCGCCCUCAGCCUGCUCACCACCCGCCGCGCAAUCCACCGCCGCCGCCUCGCCGCCAUCCCGCCCUUCUACACCAGCGCGCCCUACCACAAGCCCACGGUCAGCGGGGGCGUCGAGGCGUUCGAGGCGCUCAACCUGGCGACGCUGAAUGUGCUGGCGUUCGCGAUGAUGAGUACGGGGGGCGUGCUGUACGCGAUGGAUAUCAAUAGUGUGGACGAUAUGCGGCGGUAUGUGCGGCGGGUUUCGCUCUCCGAGGAGGAGAUGGCCAAGGGGUUGGUGGAGGGGGAUCAGGAGAUGGAGAAGGAGGUGGAGGCUUGGGCGGCCAAGGUGCUGGGGGAGAAGUUUGGGCGGGAGUUGAGGGCGCAGCGCGAGAAGGAAUCGGAGGAUGCUAGGGGUUUAGUGGAGGGGGAGGGGAAGAAGGGGGAGUGAGGUUUUUCCAUUCUGGGAGGAUGGAUAUAUAGGUGGGUUGAUGAAGAUGGGUUGGGAUGGGCUGGGAUGGGAUGGAGUUUUUUUAUGGUCACGGGUGCUUCGGGACAGGACAGGACAUAUCUCUACUACUUUUUCAUGACAACAUACACAUACCCUACUCUUGUAUUUACGCAUUCUUACGGGCUUAAGCUCAAGCUCAAAGACACACAAAAUGAUAUGAUC